AUGCCCGACCUACAGGCCUGGGAGACGCUCGUGCAAGCCAAACAAGCAGAGGCUGCCGAAAAGAUCCCCAAAGAAUGGCUGCUACCAGAAUCUUUGACACCCAACAUAUCCGAAACGGGAGAUACAUGCGUGUUGGAUGUCCCUCGCGAGUCCGGACUGCUCACUGCUAAACAACUCGAGAUCACGGAAGCUUAUGAUGCAACGGCACUCUUGGAAAAGCUGCACUCGGGCCAGUUGACGUCGGCGGAAGUCACAGAGGCAUUCUGUAUCCGUGCAGCUAUUGCACAACAAGUGUGUCGAUGUCUGACAGAGACGUUCUUCGACCGGGCUUUGCAAAGGGCAAGGGAACUCGAUUCUAUUCUGAAGAACACGGGUAAGGUCAUUGGACCGUUACACGGGUUACCCAUCAGUCUCAAGGACUGUUUCAAUGUCGAAGGCCUCCCAAGCACUAUCGGCUUCACGUCAUUCAUUAAACAUGGCCCGGUGAAGUCAAACUCGGCCGUCGUCCAGACCCUACUAGACCUCGGAGCUGUGCUAUACGUCAAGACCAACAUCCCCCAGACAAUGAUGGCAGGAGACUCUCACAACUACGUCUUUGGACGAACAUUGAACCCUCACCGAUCAUAUCUCAGCGCCGGUGGCUCAUCAGGCGGCGAAGGCGCACUCAUCGCCAUGCGCGGGUCCAUCUUGGGCGUCGGGACCGACAUCGCGGGCAGCGUGCGCAUCCCUGCAUUCUGCAACGGCACGUACUCGCUACGCCCCUCGGCCGAUCGGAUUCCAUACGGCGGCCAAACGAGCUCAGCCCGUAAAGGGCUCACGGGGAUCAAACCCUGUGCCGGGCCCUUGGCCACGUCCGUUCGAGACCUGGAACUCUUCACGCGUGUCGUGGUCGACUCGGACCCUUGGAGACUAGAUGCGAGCGCUAUAUUCUCGCCGUGGAGGAGGCAAGCGUUUUUGGGCGGGGGAGGAGGGCAGACCAAAAGUCGUCUCACAUUCGGUUUGAUCGUAGAAGACCCUCAUUUCCCCAUACACCCGCCCGUCAUGAACACGUUGACUCGUGCCGCCGCCGCCCUCGAAGCCGCGGGACAUCAGGUGGUCAAGCUAACCACGCCGUCCAUCUACGACGCCAUGGUCCUUUCGUUCCGCAUGUUCGCCAUGGACCCGGCCAACACGGCGUUCGAACACAUCAAGGCCAGCGGCGAACCGCGCAUUCCCGCGCUCAGCUCGACCGACUUGCCUCACGAGCACGUGCGCGCCGAGUACGCGCCGCUCACGCUCGAGAGCCUGUACGAUCUCAACGUCCGGCGGGCCGAGUUUCAGGACGGAUUCCGCAAGCUCAUCGUGGAGAAUGGACUCGACGCCAUCAUCAUGCCGGCGUAUCAGAGUACGGCUCCACGACACGACUUGAUCAGUUGGGUGCCCUAUACUGUGUUGAAUAACCUUCUCGAUUACCCUGCUUGCAUCGUCCCUUGGAGAAAAGCGAACAAAAUCGACGAUGCGAAAUACCUGAGGGAAGUCAAGUAUAUACCUCCUUAUAAUCCAGAAGAGAUAGAGGGUAUGCCGUGUGCAGUACAGAUUGUGGGGAGGAACAUGCGUGAGGAGGAACUAUUGAAGACGGCGUCCGUCGUUGACAACGUGUUGCACGAGAGGUGA